CAAAUAUAGGCAAAGAAAGAAAAGAAAAUACAACUAACUUAACACAACUUGGCAAGAUGUUUGUUUAUCAAAAAAAAAAAAAAAGAACUUGGGAAGAUGUUUAAGGGAAAAAAAUAAUUUUGUUAAAACAGAACAAAAUUAUAACUAGUACGAAAUUAACACCUAAUUUAUUUUGCUUAUCAUAGAUACCAGAUAGAUUAAUUGACUUCCAUUUUUUAAUUUUUUUUCUCAGUCAAUUCGCAAUUUCUUAGCUUCAUUUCCAAGCAAAUAUUUUCACACCUUUCUUUCCUAAGAAAAUUCUAAGAAACAUCUUCUCAAUUCUCAACCAAAAAACCAAUAUUUAAUCAUGAAAUCCUUGUAACUGACUCACAACUCAGUAUUUUCACUUAUUCCCUCCAUUUUCCUUACUACGAACACUGAGACUACAUACACAUUUUCUCUCUCUGGUUUGAUAUGGGUUUGUUUGUUUUUUUUCUUUUCAGAUUGUGCAAAAAGGAAUGGUUUUUCUUUUGUCUAAAAGAAGAUUAGUUUGAUCUGGGUUUUUCUUGUUUCACCAUUUUCUUGGGUUCUGAAACACACCCAUUUGAUUUUUUCCGUUCUAGUUUUGAAUACCCAUGAAGGAUAGCAUGGAAUCAUUAGUUGGUGGAGCAGCUCUAGGACCCCCAUUCCAAAUGUUGUUUGAUAUUGUGGUCAAAAUUCCAUUACAGAAGGUUCUAUUAUUUUCUGGUGAGCUCAAGAACAUCAAGUCAACUGUAAAAUCUCUGAAACCCUUGAUCGAGGAGAUAGAUAAAUCCAAUUUGGCUUUAGAUCGGCCAGAAUCAGAGUUGGAAGGUAUUAAAGAUACAUUCUUGGAGGGAACAAAGCUAGUUCAUAAGUGUAUCAAGUAUAGUAAUUGGUGGUACUUUUACAAAAGGCCUAAAUUCACCACCAAGCUUCAGAAAUUUGAUAAGGAUCUUGAGCGUUGGCUGAAGAUUAUAGAUUUUCAGAUUUUAAGAAGUAUGAAUGAAACUCUUCUUUUGACCAAGGAAAGUCAUGACAUUCUAACUAGAAGAAUCCAGUCAAGUAGUGAUGUGUUUUCUAGUCAAAAUGAGCUAAAGGGUUGCUGCUAUGUUCCUGAACCACCCUCCUUUAUAGUGGGAUUGAAUAAGCCUCUUGAGGAGUUGAAGAUGAAGCUUUUAAGGGUCAAUGAGUCAACAGUACCAAUUGUAGUUACUGCUCCACCAGGAUGUGGGAAGACCACAUUAGCCAGAAAGAUUUGCAAGGAUGAUCAAAUCAGAGACAAAUUCAAGAGCAAUAUCUUGUUUGUGACUGUUUCAAAGAGUCCCAACUUGAAUCUUAUUGUUCAAGAACUUUAUGAACACAAAGGUUGUUGUGUGCCUGCUUUCAAGGACAGCAACGAUGCAGUAAUCAAAUUGGAACAACUUUUCGACACAAUUGAUAAGCAACCUAUAUUGUUGGUCCUUGAUGAUGUUUGGUCCGGAUCAGAGUCACUCGUUGAGAAGUUUGUUUUCCAAAUACCAGACUUAGAGUACAAGAUUUUGGUGACGUCCCGUUUUCAGCUUACAAGAUUCGGACCUCCAUAUGAAUUAAAACCGUUGCGUGAUGAACAUGCAAUGGCUAUUUUCAAGCAUUAUGCAUCAAUAGAAGAUGGGGAUGUAGACAUUCCAGAUAUUCUUGUGAAGAAGGUAGUGGAUCACUGUAAGAAAGUUCCUCUUGCCCUUAAACUAAUUGGUUCAUCGCUAAGGGGACAGCACCAAAGAAUCUGGGAGAGAGAAUUGGAAAGCUGGUCUACAGACUCUUCUAUUCUCAAUUCUGAGAGUGAACUUCUUUCUUGUUUACAAACCAUCUUAGAUGUCUUGGAUGAGAAGCAAGUUGUUCUUAAGAAUUGUUUCAUGGAUCUUGGUUUGUUCCCGGAAGACCAGAGAAUCCCUGCAACUGCCCUCAUUGAUAUAAUGACAGAAUUGUAUGGAGUCAAAGAAAACCAUGCCAUUACUAACCUUGACGAUCUUAACAUCCGGAACCUGGCAAAUCUUGUGGUCACAAGAAAAGAUGAGAACGAAGUCGAUGACUACUACAGUGAACACUUCGUUACUCAGCAUGAUAUGCUUAGAGAGCUUGCUAUCCACCAGAGCAGACAGGUUCCAGAAGAACAGAGGGAAAGAUUGAUUGUAGAAUUAACUGGAAAUGAUCUUCCCACGUGGUGGAAUGAAGAAAAGGCGCAGCCUUUCAAUGCCGCCUUAGUAGUUAUCUCGACUGAUGAAUCAUUCUCAUCAGAAUUGUUUGACAUCCAACUACCGAAAGCUAAGGUUCUAGUUCUAAACUUUAGAAUGAAGAAGUAUGCCUUGCCCAAGUUUGUGAAGAACAUGAGCAACCUAAAGGUUCUCCUAAUCACAAAUUAUGCUUUCUUCCCAGCUGAAUUAAGUGACUUUCAGCUGCUUAAUUCUUUGACCAAUCUUACAAGAAUAAGACUAGAGCGCAUUUCAAUUCCUUCUCUGAAAGAAACUCACAUUGUACUGAAGAAAGUGCGGAAGUUGUCUCUGUUUAUGUGUGAAAUCGGUAAAGCUUUCAGUUCGGUGAAGAUAUCAGAAGUAUUUCCAAAUCUAGAAGAAAUAAACAUUGACUAUUGUGAUGAUUUGGAGGAACUUCCUGCUGGACUAUGUGAUCUGAUCAAGCUAAAGAAGCUGAGCAUAACACAUUGUCACAAUCUAUCGAAACUGCCUGAAGAAAUCGGGAACUGGAUUAAUCUACUAGUGUUGAGGUUUAGAUCAUGUAUCGAUUUGGAAAACUUACCAGAAUCCAUCUGCAAGCUCUCAAAGCUUACAUUUGUUGACAUGUCCAACUGUUAUAGCCUUCGGAACUUGCCUGAAAACAUAGGUCAGUUGUGCCAUUUAACAAAGCUGAAUAUGAACAACUGCUCCAGAUUAGCGGGGUUGCCUUCGUCAGUUCUGGACUUAAAACGAUUGGAGAAUGUUGUGUGUGAUGAGGAGUUAAAAGAACUAUGGGAAUUUCAUCUGCUUCCUGAAUCAAAAACAGAGAUUAAGGUUGCCAAGGAUGGUGUUAACUUAAAUUGGCUUGAGAACCAUCAAUUUGAGAACUAGGCUAACCAUUUGUGAUGAAGAUUGGCCUGUAUUGUAUGGCAAGUCCAUCAUCCAAUGCAAUGUCUCCACUUUCAGUUCAUGUUUAACACAUAGAUUGGUUUGUAAGUUAAUUGAUAGUCAUUUAUAGAACUUUGUUUUCUUUCAAA